UUCUCUGGUGACUAGCUCACAUCAAUAGAUCUCCUAAUGUACGCUCAGUCAGCCAGCAUCAGCGGCUGCAACGUCUGAUUGAUACGAUUUUACCCUCGCUAAAUCUGAUCAUAAUUGCUUAUGCUAUUACUAUAGCCCAGGGAUGUGGAGAAUGGACAGCUGUAAUUUGCAAUAUGAGGAAUGUGACAUGUGACUGGCGAUGUGGGACAAGAAGAGAGUAUACUAAUGUCAGAUGACCCUUUCCUGCAACCAGUGUACAUCUGCGAAUAUUACUACUACAGUAACAUAACAGACUUUAUCAUCUGUAGGAAAUCAACCCUGAAGAGGAAGGUGACAUUGGAAUCGUCAUGGAGUCACUAGAAACUACUGCAGAGGUGAAAAGCUCUAAAGAGGCUCUGAAUAAGACAGUUCCCCAGAGAAAGUCAGCAGCACCAGAACCUAUGAUUGCCCAAACUAAAAUACCCCCCUCGGCUGAUUCGGAAGGGGAGGGGUGGCAUCUAUGCCCAGAACCUGAGGAGGACCAGAGUAGAACCACAUAUUGUUCAACAGAUAUGUCUGACUCAGGGAAACUCAGACAAUUAGAAGGGAAAUCACUACGCCAAUUACAGGAUCAACCCUGCAGUCAUCCUCAUUACAACGUAUUAACCUCAUAUCCACCACAGGAGAGACAGACAGUUCCCUUUGCUAGACAGAAAACAGCAGAUCACUUGCUUUCUGCACUGCCACUUGUCAGCUGUGGAGGGCCCUCUCCUCAGAGGAGCUCCCCCAGUUUACCCGUGUCUCUCCAACACUGUUCCCAGUCAGGAAUAGAGGAACUAUCCAAGGAGGUGUGUAGUAAGAUGGAGCAGAAGCAGCAACAGAGACCUGGGAAGUAUGUUUGUGAUUAUUGUGGGAGGGCAUGUGCCAAACCCAGCGUACUUAAGAAGCAUAUUCGCUCACAUACUGGGGAGAGACCCUACCCCUGCGUGCCCUGUGGUUUCUCCUUCAAAACCAAGAGCAAUUUAUACAAACACAGAAAAUCUCAUGCUCACUCGGUCAAAGCUGGGACAGUGCCAUUUUCAGAACUGGGUUCUUACAAUGUCAACAUGGAGGACCGGGGAUCUUUAGAAGGAGAAGGAGAGUUCUACUCUGAUGCUGAGCAGAGCUCGGACACGGACGAAGAUGAUUCAUCGCUCUUGGACACUGUUUCAGUGGAGGAACCAGAUAGCACCACUGCUGUUAAAGUACUGAAUCUCAUUGCCCAGAAACAGGGAGUUACAUUAGCAUCAACAUUAUCUGAGGACGGUUCACCCAGGCUCUUGGAGAUCAAUGCUGCUCCAGCUGUUUCUCAGGUCAGCCAUGCAAUCCAAUCCAGCGCCAUCAAGCAGAGGCUGGCACUCCGGCUCUCAGAGAAAAGGAGCAGUGACACUGACACAUCUCUCUCCCUGCCUAGCCAGGGAAGCAAAGGCAGCACAGACUCAGGCUACUUCUCACGCUCUGAGAGUGCUGAACACCAAACAGGUGGUCCUCCCAACACAAACGCCAAGUCCUAUCAAGAGAUAAUGUUUGGAAAGUGUUACAAGCCGAACCCGAAACAACAGGCCAUAACUGUUGUGACUUGCAGGACAGACUUAACGAGUGAUCGUAAGACAUCGGAGCGAGGUGUUUCCCGCGUAUUCACACAAGAAAAGGAAUCAAUGGUUGAAUCGAUCAGAAUAAACACACAUUCAUUUACAAGGGAGGACAUUAAGGAGGCUCAACUAGAGCUCUCUGAUUCUGGACAGCUGGUCCGGAGCAACUCGAUGCCCACGUCCUCGGUGGCAUGUCAGGACAUGUCACAAGGCCUGCGAGGCAGCCACUCCUUUGAUGAAAGGGCGUCCCCUGGAGGCAUUAGGAGACUUACGAGACAGGCUGCCUUUGAACACUCUGCACACGAUGGACCUCAUGACCACUACGGAAACAUCUCUGAUAUUUCCAACCUCGGAGUGGAGGUGGACAGUUUCAUCAUCCAACAAAAGCAAGCGAUGGAAUAUGCGACGAGGAAACGGCGAAAGGAAAAGUGUGUUGCGGAGGAGGAGGAUGUAGGAGGCCAGUAUCACACGGACUGUGACCACUCUGAAGAGAUGAGGGACUAUGAUUCAAAGCAAACCUCGCAAGGUGCUCUAACCACUACAUCCUCAGUGAAAGGACAUGCCCAAAGCGUUCACACACAGGAUAGAUCACAACGUGAUAGACUGGAAAGGGAAAUGUGGGAAAAGAGAGAGAGAGAAGAGAGAAGAUCUUUAGGUAACGUCAUCUCUGUGAUUCAACACACUAACUCCCUUACCAGGUCUCUCUCUGAACAGUCAGAUUCUUACAACUACCGGGAUAAGCCGUCCUCAAUGGAGGUGGUGGAGCAAAGCGAAACUAGAGAGAUGCACAAAAGGACUGAGAUCUUUGCACACCAGUUGAGUGACAGUAGAUUAUUAGAUAAGUCGUAUCAAAUGACACCUAAGCUAGUCCGUCAGUCUAACAUACCGGUCCCAGAGAUCAGGGUGACUGUAGAACCAGACAGUCCAGAGAAAGAGAAAUCAGCUGAGGUGAAACAGGUGAAGGCGAAGGAGCCCGAUAGACAUAUAGAGGAGUUCCAAUGGCCUCAGAGGAGUGAAACCCUGUCUCAGUUCCCCCCAGAGAAACUCCCUCCGAAGAAGAAGAGACUGCGCUUAGCUGACUUGGAGCACUCCUCUGGCGAGUCUAGCUUUGAGUCGGCUUGUACGAGCCUCUCCCGGAGCCCCAGUCAAGACAGCAACCUAUCCUACUGCUCCAGCUUCUCGUUUGACCGAGAGGAGAAAGAGAGAGAGGUUAUCCCCAAGCCAGCUUCCCCGGCGGCUAGACAGGAUGAGUUUGGCAAAGCAUUGGAGUUCUUAGCGGUGCCAGGAAGCGGCUACUCCCUCUCUGUCCUGAACCAACGUCAACAACAUGAAAUGAGACGUACCUCUUCAGAACAGGCACCGUGCCACUCCCAGUGCAGAGAGCUCCCAGAGGUCCGCAGCGUAUCAUUUGACUACGGCAGUCUCUCUCCAACGGCCAAAGUUAGACAUGCGGAACUCAGCGCCAGCUACUCGGAGCCCAGACGGAGUAACUUGGUAAGACAGGAGUCCUUGAAUGUUAACCUUGAAUUUGCACAUCCAGUCCUUCCGCUAAAUAUUCUUCCUCAGUACCUCAGCAGUGCCCUGUCGUUCUCAUCCACCGCUCUGCACUCUCAGUGUCUGCCAAUGUUCUCCCCUCAGCCGUCACACUCUGGUCUCCUAGUUCCUGUUAGAAUCCAGACUCACGUGCCAUCCUAUGGUAGCAUCACAUACACCACUGUGUCCCAAAUUGUAGAUGAUCCGUUCGAAAGCGUUAACUCCACCAGAACCUCUUUACUCACUUCUCACUUCGCAAAUUUAGCCACGAAUUUGGAUACAUCUAAUAUAUUAUUAGGACACCCUCGAGGACUGUUGACCAGCCCAGUCCAGGUUCACGUUCUAGAUCUGCCCCCAGCUAAGCUGAAGACAGGCAUCCCUCUCUCCCUGACCUCCAGGACGAUCUCCACCACCAACUGUGGGUCCAGUGGUGGAUCCAACAAACGCAUGUUGUCUCCGGCCAGCAGCUUGGACCUGUUCAUGGAGGUCAAACAGCAGAAACGCGUCAAAGAGGAGAAAAUGUACGGUGAGAUAGUGGAGGAGUUGGGUGCUGUGGAAUUAGGGAAUUAUAAUGUGACUGAAGAGAACAAGCACAGUUUAAAGUCAGAGUUUCAAAGUGACACCAACCAGGGAGCAUCACUGUCAGGCUUUCCUUCAAAAUCCUCUUUGUCUGUCUCAUCAGCGCUUCAUUCUCAUAACGAGCCAGCAAGUGGAAGCUUCGUCUCACCUCAGCAACAAGGGUCAGAAAGUCCUGAUUCCCCUAUGGAUAACUCGCCAACAGAAGCAAGCCUACAUCCACAUGCUCUGCUUUCUCUAAAGGAUUUCAAUGAGUCUGGCAUGGACAGCAAGGCACAGAUGGAGGUGCUGGUGCAGCUAGUCAAAGGUCAGGGCAUCCUCAUCUCAGACGGGGAAAACACCAAACGGAUAUCUCAAUUUCCAAGUCUCCGCACAAUGACAGCUGUGAGUUGGUGCUAUCUGAACUACACCAAGCCAAACAGCACUCACAGCAGCUCUCCCCUGUCCUCUGUGUACGCUACGUGGUGCAUCAGUUCCCAUAACCCCAACCCUCCUAACCUCAACACCAGUGCCACCUUGGCUCUGCUCCGCUCCAAACAGACGACUAACACAUGGGUGUACACCAUGGCUGCCAUGUACCAACCUGGGACUGGGAAGCUGGUCUCCUCCUCACUCUUAUGGAGGCAGAGGCUCGGGCUGCUACAGAGCAAACCGCAGCUCAAAGAGCUGGAAGGGAGCUCCUAUGGGAGGAAAGUGAAGGAUGCCAGCUGCAGGGUAAAAGCCGGGAAGGAGGACUGGAAAGAGAGGGAGGUCUCCUCGAAACAAACAGCAGUGCCAACACCAACACCAACACCAACAUCAACACCAACCCGGAUAAAAAUAUUUGAAGGAGGGUUCAAGUCUAAUGAGGACUAUGUGUACGUGAGGGGCCGAGGCCGGGGGAAGUAUAUCUGUGAGGAGUGUGGCAUUCGCUGUAAGAAACCCAGCAUGCUGAAGAAACACAUACGCACCCACACUGACGUCCGGCCCUACGUCUGCAGGGUCUGCAACUUCGCUUUCAAAACUAAAGGAAAUCUGACCAAGCAUAUGAAGUCAAAGGCUCACAUGAAGAAGUGUCUUGAGCUUGGUGUGUCAGUCACAGUGGAUGAUACAGAGACACUGGAAUCUGAUGACAUCCAGCAAGACUUGAAGACCGGGGUCUUGAGCUCAGCCAAACACCAGUUCUCAGACGCAGACGACUCCGAUGGCAUGGAUGAAGAGAUCGACGAUAUCGACGAAGAUGACGAGGACGAGGACGACUACGACGGUGACUCUACUCCCAAGAUCCUUUCCCGGAGCACCAGCCCUCAGCCCUGUGGCGUAGCCUCUCUGUCGGUCACAGCUGCCGCUGUCAUCCAGGGUGUGUCGUCAGACGUCCAUGGCUGUCCCCUCAGUUCCUUCCAUCCCCUCCCCAGCUGCCUCUCAACCUACACCCUGCCUAGCGUCGAUAUCCACCCCCAUCCCACCUCCACCCUGUCAGGCAUCGAUGUCCACCCCCAUCCCCAUCCCCCCUCCACUGUCAGGAGGACAGGGCCAGACCGGAGGACUGUCUUGGCCUCCAGCCUGGACAAGGAAGACUGUAGCCUGGCCAUGCUGUCUCCUGACCAGGGCUGUCUGUUCUUUGACCCCUACCCCACCUGUCUGCUGUCCCCCGGCUGGGAGUCCCCUCUGAGGGAACCGCCUAACUCCCGCCUCGGCUACCCCUCAACCCGGAGAGACCUCUCCCCCCGGGGACGCUCCUCACCUCGAUGGGACACCUCCCCGCUGAGGCCAAGCUCCCCCAACCUCACCCCCAUCCAGCACCUCUUUCCGGCCUGUAUGGAGAGGCCCCUGUCCCCAGGUGGAGUGGACCUGGCUGGGAGGAGACAGAGGGUGGUGCUCAGGGCUGUGUCUCCACGUAGAGGGGGCUCACAACAUAGAGACUCUGGGGAUAAAACCAGGCAGCAAGCCAAGGCUGAACUGGUCCAGCAGGGAGAAACCAUUGAAAUGGAUAUGGAUCAGAGGAGAAGCGUGCCUCCCUGCCUGCCUGGGUCCGCCUGCUCCAGUUGUCCUCGUCAGAACCUCUUCAGCCACCUCCCCCUACACUCUCAGCAGCAGGCUGGGACUCUCCUACCCAUGGUGCCUAUCGGAGGGAUCCAGGUACUGCGCUCUCUGCCCUCCUGCAGCUCUGACCGGACCCAUCUGUCAGCCCUAUCCCCUCAAAAGACUGAGCUCCACCAGGACAGCACUAAGGAGGGAUCUGUUCGUCUGGCAGCCCUCGGUGCAGAGGACUCAGGAGCCCGGCAGCAGGGGAGGGAGAGGGGGAUGGAGAGGGAGAUGGAGAGGGAGACCGGGAUGGAGAGGGAGAGGCUGUCCCCCCUCCAGACACCCCGGGACUCUGAGGAGGAGAACCCCCCUGUCUCUGUCCUCAUGGUCAGGAACCCUAAGCAGGAAGAGGUUCUUCAGACCUGCACCAAGGCCAUCGCCUCCCUCAGGAUCACCUCCGAAGAGCAUCUAUAGACUGGGGUUGCAUCCCAAAUAGCACCCUAUUCCCUAUAUAAAGUACUACUGUUGACCAGAAGGCUCUCGUCACAAGUAAUGCACUAUAUAAGGAAUAGUGUACCAUUUGGGCCUUUCCUCAUAUGGGACGUUCUUUGGUGCUUCCUCCAGGAGCAGCUGAGCCCCCCCAUCCAACGUCCAGUCCUCAGCUAGCAUGGUUCUAGAUCAAUUAGCGAUGUCUUGACAACUGCUAUGGUCACGCCAACUUCUCUGGUCACAUAUGAGUUGGCAAGACAGCACAAAUAGAUAUGGAACCAGGCUAUGUCCACAGUUCCUCUCAACCUCAUUCCACUAGACAGGCAGACAGACAGACAGACAGACAGACAGACAGGCAGGCAGGCAGACAGACAGACAGACAGACAGACAGACAGACAGACAGACAGACAGACAGGCAGGCAGGCAGGCAGGCAGGCAGGCAGGCAGGCAGACAGACAGACAGACAGACAGACAGACAGACAGACAGACAGACAGACAGACAGACAGACCCCAUUGGUUGGGUGUUGGGGGAUUCUUCUCUCAGUUUCAGUUACUUCAGGUUUCUUCAUGUUAGUAAUGCAACGUUCAUGUGUCUUAACAUUCCCCUCCCCUCACCAUACGAUGAUCUAUAUCUGAGAGGAAAACAAACCUUUAAAAACAGAGACUUUAUACUCUCUAUGAAUUUUUUUGAACUUUUAGGUCAGUGGAGUUCCUCGCAGCAAAGGAUAAGCAAGAGGACGGUUGAAGUAGUGGACACAGGUGCAAUAUAUGGGAUUUAAAGAUAAUGCUUCUACGUUAAUUAUGCUUGCAUACACUUGCACACAAACAGAAUCAUUUAUAUUUAUUAUACCCCAUAACCCAAUCUUAACACAUUUAUUCAUAUAAAUGCAUAUGUGUACUAUUUUCAAAAUAGGCUUGUUGUUUAAAUUGUAUUCAUAUCGAGUGAUUAGUUAAGAAUUUGAUUCUUGGAGAGAAAUUGGAAAGGAAAUAACGGGGAAAGUAUCUAAUAUAUAUAUAUAUAAUAUGAAAGUAUUUGAAAACGGAAUCUGACCAAAUUUAGUGUAGACUUGCUUUUUGUCCAGUUUGGUGCUUUUGAUUGAAAAGCAAAGAUCUGUGCCUUUUCUUUGCUUUCUACAUAAUGUUUUAAAUAAUCGUAUUAAGCGAGGAAAAAGAGAAUAUCACGUUUAAGGAACUUUGAAUCAGAAUUGUCUGGCGUGACAGUGUUAUUAUCAACAAAGAAAUUGCACAAAAAAAAAAAUUUGCUUUUACUUUGUGGAAUUAAAUUGCUGUUUUUCUAGCUACAUUUUAUGUAAAAUAUAUCUAUUUGACAUAUUUGUUAUGUUGCAGAUUCUCAAUGUUGUGUUUUUAGCUUUUUGAACAAACGCAUGAGUUUUUGCUAUUGCACAAAUAGAGAAGUGCAUACGUUUACUGUAAGAUGUCUUUAUAUAUUAGAAAAGUAUGCUUUUAUUGCUGAUGGUAAAUAUUUGUCUACUAUUUAUAUGCUGUAUAUGAUCUCCACUUAUGCAACAGUGUGUCUCACUGACCCAUGCUCAUGAGAUGCUUGUGAGAGGCUUGUGAGAGGCUUGUGAGAUGCUCAUGAAGUCACGUCCAUGCAUUAUAACUUAUGGCUUUAAGCAAUCGUUGUUCGUUAUUCUGGCCUUUGAACCUUUUUGUGAAUUUAAAUAAGCACUUUCAUCCUAACUUUUAUAUCUGACUGAGAUGGUUAUUAAGGAGAAAUAAAAAAACAAUCAUG